GGUCGCCCGGCAGAGGCACCUCUUCCAACCGCAGAACAGUUGUCAUUUCCGGAAUAAGAUGGCCGCAGUACGCGUGCUGAGGACCUGGAGCCAGAGUGCCGGGCGGCUGAUUUGCAUCCGUUACUUUCAAACAUUUAAUAAUAUUUAUGUUUUUAAGCCAAAAUAUGUGUGUUUCUUUGGUUAUCCUUCAUUCAAGUAUAGUCAUCCACAUCGGUUGAUGAAAACAACUGCUGCUCUACAAGGACAGAUUGUUCAAUUCAAACUCUCAGACAUUGGAGAAGGGAUUAGAGAAGUAACUGUUAAAGAAUGGUUUGUAAAAGAAGGAGAUACAGUGUCUCAGUUUGAUAGCAUCUGUGAAGUUCAAAGUGAUAAAGCUUCUGUUACUAUCACCAGUCGUUAUGAUGGCGUAAUUAAAAAACUGUAUUAUAAUCUAGACGAUAUUGCCUAUGUGGGGAAGCCAUUAGUAGACAUAGAAACAGAAGCUUUAAAAGGUACUGUAAAUGUGUUUAUUUUGCCAAUUGAUUACUACUGCCCUUUUGUCAUUGGGUACCAACUAAAAAUGAUGUUUACUUUUAAUAACCUACAGGAUUUUAUUUGGGAGUUUAGAAAGAGCACUAAUACAAAUAAAGCAGGACUUAAUCCUGAGAAAUUAACUAAUUCACGUGAUAUUAAGCUGAGUGAAGUUGUUGGCUCAGGAAAAGAUGGCAGAAUACUUAAAGAAGACAUUCUCAACUAUUUGGAAAAGCAGACAGGAGCUAUAUUACCUCCUUCGCCAAAAGCUGAAAUUAUGCCUCCUCCACCCAAACCAAAAGACAGGACUAUUCCUAUACCAGUUUCAAAACCUCUGGUAUUCACAGGCAAAGACAGAACAGAACCCAUAAAAGGCUUUCAGAAAGCGAUGGUCAAGACCAUGUCUGCAGCCCUGAAGAUACCUCACUUCGGGUAUUGCGAUGACAUUGACCUUACUGAACUGGUUAAACUACGAGAAGAAUUAAAACCCAUUGCUUCUGCUCGUGGAAUUAAACUCUCCUUUAUGCCCUUCUUCGUAAAGGCUUCUCAUAACAUUGGGAUAGCAAUGGAUACUGAGCAGGGGUUGAUUGUCCCUAACGUGAAAAAUGUUCAGCUCUGUUCCGUAUUUGAGAUCGCCACUGAAUUGAACCGCCUCCAGAAAUUGGGCUCCAUGAGUCAGCUCAGCACGAAUGAUCUUACAGGAGGAACAUUUACUCUUUCCAACAUUGGAUCAAUUGGUGGUACUUAUGCCAAACCACUGAUAUUGCCACCUGAAGUAGCAAUUGGGGCCCUUGGAUCAAUUAAGGUCUGUUUAUUAAAUAAUUGAAAAAGUUUAAACAAAUCAGGAGAGUAAACACAAAGAAGAGUAACCAUUUCUGGGGUUGCCCCCUCACUUUGUACGUUUAGUGCAGUGUUUGGCACAGUAAGCCAGUUAUUUCUUCCCAAGCGCUAGGCCUGCAGCUCUGGUGGCUGCCUCUGUGGAUAGUAAAUGGUAGUAAUCGGGGUCGUUCCUGUGUCCAUUGUGGGCUAUGUGUGGCAUACUGUCUUUAUGGAGAAUCACAAACAGAGCUAAUCUGUUUCUAUCAAAAUAUCUUUAUUUCAGAAUACCAAAGAAUAAUAGUAAGCUAAUCCAAAUUAUUAUUUAUAACAAAGUGAGACGCCGUUUAGAGUUUUUGUUUGGUUUUUUUUCCCCUCAAAUUUUACUCUGGUCAAUAACCAUUGGGGGUGCUACUUUAAGAUGUAGAUUUCUUGGGCCGCCCGAGUGGCGCAUUGGUUAAGAGCUGGCUUGGGACACCAGAGGGC